AUGGCUUACCUAAAGAAGAAAUCCAUGGAGUUUCUGAAAACUUUCGAUGUACCGUCGAAGAACCCGUCGGAGGAUGCACAGCGGCGAUGGCGGGAGGCCGUCGGCACCCUUGUCAAGAACCGCCGCCGCCGCUUCCGCAUGGUCCCCGACCUCGACAAGCGCUCCCAGGCAGAGACCCAGCGCCGCAACAUCCAGGAAAAGCUUCGGGUGGCACUGUACGUGCAGAAGGCCGCACUGCAGUUCAUCGAUGCCGCCCGCCGGACGGAGCAUCCGCUGCCGGAGCUGGCGCGACAGUGUGGCUUCUCCAUCAGCGCCGAGGAGCUGGCCUCAUUGGUGCGCGGCAAGGACUCCAAGAGCCUUCGCCUCCACAAGGGCGUGGACGGCCUCGCGCGCAAGGUUAACGUCUCCCUCGCCGACGGCAUCAAGUCCGACGACGUGGGCCUCCGCACCGAGGUCUACGGCGCCAACCAAUACGCCGAGAAGCCGCCGCGCACGUUCUGGAUGUUCCUGUGGGACGCCUGCCAGGACAUGACGCUCAUGCUGCUGGCCUUCUGCGCCGUCGUCUCUGUCGCCAUCGGCGUCGCCACCGAGGGAUUUCCCGGCGGCAUGUACGAUGGCGUCGGCAUCAUGCUCACCAUAUUCCUCGUCGUUGCCAUCACCGCCGCCAGCGACUACAAGCAGUCGCUCCAGUUCCGUGACCUUGACAGGGAGAAGAAGAAGAUCGAGAUUCAGGUGACGCGUGACAAGUUCCGGCAGAAAGUGUCCAUCUACGACAUCGUCGUGGGCGACAUCGUGCAUCUGUCCAUCGGCGACCAGGUACCGGCGGAUGGGUUGUUCGUUGACGGUUAUUCCUUCGUGGUGGACGAGUCGAGCCUUUCCGGCGAGAGCGAGCCAGUGCACGUGUCGACGACGAACAGGUUCUUGCUGGGCGGGACCAAGGUGCAGGAUGGGUCGGCCAGGAUGCUGGUAACGGCUGUGGGGAUGCGGACGGAGUGGGGGAACCUCAUGGAGACGCUGAGCCAGGGCGGAGAGGACGAGACGCCGCUGCAGGUUAAGCUCAACGGUGUCGCCACCAUCAUCGGCAAGAUCGGGCUCGCGUUCGCUGUGCUGACUUUCACCGUGCUCAUGGCGCGGUUCUUGUACGGCAAGGCGGGUUCCCCCGGCGGUCUGCUGGAGUGGGGCAUGGAGGACGCGCUGUCCGUGCUCAACUUCUUUGCCGUGGCAGUCACCAUCAUCGUCGUUGCCGUCCCGGAGGGUCUGCCGCUCGCCGUGACGCUCAGCCUUGCGUUCGCCAUGAAGAAGCUCAUGCAGGAGCGCGCGCUCGUGCGGCACCUCUCGGCGUGCGAGACAAUGGGGUCGGCUAGCUGCAUCUGCACCGACAAGACCGGCACGCUGACCACCAACCACAUGGUCGUCGAGAAGGUCUGGGCUGCCGGCGGCGCCACCACGGUGAGCACCGCUAAGGGCUUCGAGGAGCUCACUUCGUCCGCACUGUCGGAGGGGUUCGCGAAGCUGCUGCUGGAGGGCGUCUUUCAGUGCUCCGGCUCAGAGGUUGUCCGCGGCAAGGACGGCACGACCACCGUCAUGGGCACGCCCACCGAGACGGCCAUCCUCGAGUUCGGGCUCGGGGUGGAGAAGCGCACCUGCAUCGAGCACGCCGCCGCCGCGAAGCUCAGGGUGGAGCCGUUCAACUCGGUGAAGAAGACGAUGGGCGUGGUCGUGACGUCCCCCAGUGCCGGCGGCCGCCCACGCGCGUACCUCAAGGGUGCGUCCGAGGUCGUCCUUCGCAAGUGCAGCAACGUCGUCGUGGACCGCCACGGCAGCAUCGUGUCCCUGACGGAGAAGAACUACGGCAAGCAGGUGGCCGGCGCAAUCGACACGUUUGCUUGCGAGGCGCUGCGCACGCUCUGCCUGGCGUACCAGGACGUGGGCGGCGAGGGCGAGCUCCCCGCCGACGGGUACACACUGAUCGCGGUGUUCGGCAUCAAGGACCCGCUGCGGCCGGGGGUGAGGGAGGCCGUGGCGACCUGCCACGCUGCUGGGAUCAACGUUCGCAUGGUCACCGGCGAUAACAUCAGCACGGCCAAAGCCAUCGCGAGAGAGUGCGGCAUCCUGACAGAGGAGGGCGUUGCCAUCGAGGGGCCUGACUUCCGGCAGAUGAGCCCCGACCAGAUGAGGUCGAUCAUACCAAAAAUCCAGGUGAUGGCACGGUCGCUGCCGCUGGACAAGCACACGCUGGUGACCAACCUCAGAGGCAUGUUCAACGAGGUUGUGGCCGUCACCGGCGACGGCACCAACGACGCGCCGGCGCUGCACGAGGCGGACAUUGGACUCGCCAUGGGCAUUGCCGGAACAGAGGUUGCCAAGGAGAACGCCGAUGUGAUCAUCAUGGACGACAACUUCUCGACCAUCAUCAACGUCGCCAAAUGGGGCCGCUCCGUCUACAUCAACAUCCAGAAGUUUGUGCAGUUCCAGCUCACCGUCAACGUGGUCGCCCUCAUGGUCAACUUCGUCUCGGCAGCAUUCACAGGGAGCGCGCCAUUGACGAUCGUCCAGCUGCUGUGGGUGAACCUGAUCAUGGACACUCUUGGCGCUCUCGCACUGGCCACCGAGCCGCCGAGUGAUGCAAUGAUGCGGAGGCCACCCGUGGGAAGGGGCGACAACUUCAUCACAAAGGUCAUGUGGAGGAACAUCACCGGGCAGAGUAUCUACCAGCUCCUUGUGCUCGGCAUCCUCCUCUUCAGAGGGGACAGCCUUCUGCAGAUGAACAACAACGACGACCUGCUAAACACCUUUGUGUUCAACACAUUCGUCUUUUGCCAGGUUUUCAAUGAGGUGAACAGCCGGGAGAUGGAGAAGAUCAACGUCUUCAGCGGCAUGUUCAGCAGCUGGGUCUUCUCGGCGGUGGUUACCGCCACCGUCGUGUUCCAGGUGAUCCUCGUGGAGCUGCUGGGGACGUUCGCCGGCACCGUGCACCUCAGUGGCUGGCUGUGGCUCAUGAGCGUACUGAUCGGGUCCUUCAGUCUCGUCGUUGGCGCUCUCAUCAAGUGCAUCCCCAUCAGUUCCGGCGACGCCUCGUCUGAUCGACACGACGGAUACCAGCCAAUCCCCACCGGACCUGGUGCCGUGUGA